AUGAAUGCGUUGAACAACUUGUGUUCCAAAGGUGUUAUAGAGAAGGUGUCGUCUUCUACAUGGAGUACACCAAUUGUCACNCCCGAUGAGGAAAAGAAAUCCGCUUUCUUUUUGAAUGCUGCCGGUAAAAAUGCUUAUACAUUAAUCAAAAACUUGGCUUAUCCUUCUCCACCUGUUUCCGUACCGUACGAUGAUUUAAAAUCCCUCCUCCUCCAGCAUGUGAAGCCAACGAACUUCGAAGCCUCAGAACGAGCAAAAUUUCAUUCAAUGGUACGCAAUCCGAAUCAGGGCAUCCGUGAAUUCAUCCUGGAUUUGCUCACUCAAGCUGCAAAGUGUGAUUUUGGAGAUUUACUGGACAUGCAAUUGAAAGAUCGGCUGAUCGCUGGCAUCAACAAUACCGUUUUGCAAAAUGAACUUCUGAAGCUAUCCAGUCCGACGUUCAAAGAUGUGCGGGCUUAUUGUGAACAGUAUCAGGACAUUCGCGCCGCCACUUCAUCCAUGCCGUCCACCAUUGAAUCUACAGCUAUGUUCAAUUCACUCAAGACUAAAUCCACGAAAGCUCAUGCUACAGCCGGACGUUUCAAACCAGCCACACAAUCUAACUCACACAAUGUGACAUAUUCGGAUAAAUCCUAUGGCAAUUGUGCAUCCUGUGGCAAACGUCAUUCCAGAUUCACAUGUCGAUUUCGUUACGCUUCAUGUCAUAAGUGUGGCAAAACUGGCCAUAUUCAGUCUGUUUGUCGCAGUACCAAAACCUGUCGUUUAAUUCAAGCCCGAAACUCAGAAGUGAGUAAUAUGGCCAAACAUUUUUCUUCUUUAUCUUUGGCAAUAACCUCCCAUUCCGGUCACAUCCGUAAACGACUAUUCAGUUCCACUGGUAAUUCGCUUCAUUUCAUUUUGGACACUGGUAGUGUGGAAUCUCUAAUUUCUGUUCACGAUUUAAAACUGUUUGCUCCAGAUGCUAAACUUCAGCCAUCCACUAUCACCAUUAAUGGCAUCACUGGACACUCACUGCCUGUUGUUGGUUCUUGUGAGAUUUCAGUCAGUGAUGAACAUUCUAAAACUGUUACUUGUACAUUCAUUGUAACCAAAUCUGGCCCAUCCAUACUAGGCUUGAAAGCCAUGCAAGCAUUCAAUGUUAAUCUUUCCUUAGUAACCUCUAUCGAUACUGAAAAUGAAUUGAAGGAUUUGAUUAUUAAAUGCUCAAAGGCCAGUGGUGGCAUGCAAAUUUCCCCAGUGAGACUACUAGUUAAUGGCGAUCCAGUAUUUCUUAAACGCCGAGUCAUUCCAUAUGGCCUUCGCGAACCUGUCAUGAAUGCGUUGAACAACUUGUGUUCCAAAGGUGUUAUAGAGAAGGUGUCGUCUUCUGCAUGGGGUACACCAAUUGUCACACCACUCAAGUCGGAUGGCAAGACCCCGAGAAUAUGUGGUGACUACCGAAUCACCUUAAAUCCAAGACUUUUAAAGCGGACAUGUACAACGGUUGAACCAGAGAACAUCCUGAAUAAGUUGACUGUUUCUAAGAUCUUUUCCAAGAUUGACUUAAAAGAUGCAUAUUUACAAAUUCAGUUGGAUGAAACAUCAUUCACUUUGACAACUAUUAAUACCCCUUUUGGUUUGUACAGAUACAAGUUUCUACCAUUCGGUUUAUCCGUUUCUCCUGCCAUAUUUCAACAAGUUAUGAACGAUAUUACUAGUGGUAUGUCUGGUGUUGAAGUAUAUCAAGAUGACAGUGUUGUUCAUGCUCCUGACAAGUCCACUCAUGACGCACAAUUGCUUGAACUCUUUCGUAGAUUUUCUGAUAAGAAUGUUGCUGUUCAUCCUAAGAAAAGUUUAUUUUUUGUCUCUCAUUUUGAAUGUCUUGGAUACUUAGUUAAUGGUAAAGGGUACAAAUUUGACCCGAACCGUCUAUUUCCUCUAACAAAAGCCAAAUCACCGUCUAGCAUACACGAACUCAGAUCAUUGAUUAGAGCCCUACAGUAUUACUCUCAACUUAUCCCUGAUUUCAGUCAGAAAGGUUCACCCUUAUUUCUUCUCUCUUCUGAUAACAAAUUUGUUUGGACUGAUAUUCAUGAACGUUGCUUACGUGGAUUGCUAAAUUUUCUGCAGACUGAUGCUGUACUUCACCCAUUCAAUCCCAAAAUUCAUUCCACUGUUAUUACUGAUGCCUCACUCGAUGGAAUUGGUGCGAUUCUUGGGCAGAAUGGGCAUCCAAUUAUUUGUGUGUCUCGCCGGUUAACAGCAGCUGAACGAGGCUAUGCUCAAACUAAUCGCGAAGCCUUAGCGGUAUACUGGGUAGUCAAGCGUUUGCACAAGUUCCUUUUCGGGCAUCAUUCCACCAUCGUCACUGAUCAUGAGGCCUUGAAAUUCAUUUUCGAUCCCGGAAAAUCCCUUUCCAGAAGCUCUGCAGCUAUGGUUCAGCGUUGGAGUAUCGCACUCAGUGCAUAUGAUUACACAAUUGAACAUCUUAGUGCCAAAUACAUGCGACACUUGGAUUACAUUUCGCGUCAAUCGCUACCCGCGCCGGAGCCAGAGGACAUUUCUGAUUCACUACUAGUGCAACCUCUUCCUGUGAGCCGCCAAGAACUUAUUUGUGACACACGUCGUUAUUUCUCUGCUGUGAUGACUGCUUUGCGGAAGGGUUGGAACGCCCAGACUCGCCUAGACGUGGUGAACUUUCAAUUACGCCUGAUGGAUUGCUGUGCUUGA